UGCCAUUGUCGAUCCACAACAAUGACCUCGAACAAACCGUGACAAGAGCCGCCAUCCAUCGAUUCGCAUACAAACCCAUCGAUUUUUCGAUACCAGCAUCGAUAGAGCUCCCUCCUACCCGCAGGUAGCUACCGCACACUGCACCUUACAAGUAUAGCCCCGCCAUGAGGAUACGUCUACCAUUUGCAGGCGCCUUCGCCACCCUCCUCCUCCUAGCAGGCUACACCUCCCUCCUCACCCCCCACUCGCAACCAUCCGACCCCGACGGCCCGACCUCAACCCUCCCAACGAUCAACCCGCUCCUCCUCCACUUUCUCACCCUCUUCACCCUGACAGUAGCCUUCUACUGGUCCCUCGACACCACCCGCCGACGGAUCCUUCACCUGACCCUCCUAUGCGCCGCGGGGCUGGGGAUCGGGUCCGAGUUCCUGCGCGCCAUCGUCCUACCCCCUCUUCCUCUACCUUCUCACGACAGCGGGCAACGCGCCUUUGAUCUGCUUAAUGUGCUAGCCAACCUUGCGGGCUCGUUUACGGGCUUGGGGCUGUGCGCGUGGUAUCACAAGAGGAUGCUGGAGCGGAAGAGAUUGCGCAAGUACACCGCUGUGCCGACGACGGGUGGGGAGGGGGGUGGUGUAAAUGGGGCAGAGGAUUUGGAAUUGGGGGAAGGUCCUGGGUUGGGUGGUCGGGUCGGUGGCGAACGUGAGGAGGGUGUGGUUACGUCUUCUUCUGGAGGGAAUGAGACUAAUGCCGGUGGCGGUGGCGGUCAAGGACAGACGCUGGAGGAAGAGGUGGAUAAUUGGGAUGAAAAUGCCAUUGACGCGUGGGAUGAGGAGGAGGAGGAUGCCGGCGAUGUUGGUGCAGCCGCUACGCCGGCGGCGGGCAAGGAUGCAGACGUGAAGAAGCGCGCGGAUUGAUGGGCGCGGGAACAGCGGUGAAGGACGACCUCUAUCACCUUGGCGCAGAAUGUAUGGAUAGCGGUUGCAACGCCUGGGGACCUUUUUUUCUUUUGCUCCUUUGGAACAACGGAGCUGGCAAGCGGUGGUUGUGUUGGCGUUACAAUGUAUGAGAAAAGGAUAUGAAGGCAUGAUUACCUGUCACUGAUACCAAAGAAUUGGCUGCCCUUUCUAUGAAGAGGGCACUGCAUUGCUUUGAUUAUCUUCAGGUUCAGAAUCCAAAGCCCUCCUUGUGAU